AUGAGUUUGCGCCCUCGAGUCGCGAUUCUUCGGCACAUAUUAUACUGUGUGUUAUCUGUUUCAACGUGCGUACGUCAUAUAUCGAAGGAAAAAGGGCCUAUCGUGCCUAUUGUAGGACUUAGAAAUUUAUCCUUUUUGUUUAGAGUGCCUAAUCUUCCUACUUAUUCUGUGUCGGAUUCUGUAACAAAACAUGACAUAUUACCGCUAUUUGCGACCGCCUUUACUGCUGAAUCGAAUGAAAAUAAAGAUAAGGAGUCGGUUAAUGUGAGAGUCCGUUUCGCGCCAUCUCCAACGGGAGAGCUCCACGUUGGCAACUUACGCACUUUUAUAUACAAUUUUCUGUUUGCACGAAAGCAUGGAGGAACUCUCAUCUUGAGAGUAGAUGAUACCGAUGAGAGUAGGGAAGUAACAGGCUCUCUUGAUACUAUAAUUCACGAUUUGAAGUGGUUGGGUUUUUCGUGGUCUGAAGGUCCAGGAAGCCCAGGUAAAGUAGACGAAUAUUAUCAAUCUAAGCGUCAAGAUGCAUAUAAGGAAGUGGCUGACCUCCUACUACAAACGGGGAAAGCGUACCGCUGCUUCUGUCGCAAAGAAGAUGUCCAAAGUCGUAGGGAUGCUACGGAAAAAAAUAGCGACCUCACGUACGAUAAGAAGUGCCGUCGUCUCCGCAGCACGGCUGUGAAAAAGCAUCUUCGAGAAGGCACAGAAUACACUGUAAGACUAAGUAAUGUCGAUAACGAAGAGGAUUUCAUAUUGUUGCGUUCGAAUGGCAUGGCGACAUACAACUUUGCGUGUGCUGUGGAUGACCAUAGUCAUAAUAUAACGCACGUGAUUCGCGGACUUGACCAUAUGGACAAUACCUAUCGGCAAAUACGUGUUCUGGAUGCUGUGGGAACAGCUUUGCCCAAAUAUGUGCACUGUUCUCUUAUGCGUAACAAGGACUUGAGCAAAUUGGCCAAACGCCUUGACGACUCUAUAAAGAUAUCUGAUUUGCGUGAAAUGGGCUUUUGCAAGUUACCGAUUGUGAACUACUUGGCUUUGCUAGGUACCAAGUAUGCUGAUGACCCCGUUUGCCGCGAUUUUGACGCCUUAGCUGAUAUGUUUGAUUUAGACUUGUUGAACCUGGCACCGAUUGCCUUCGACUUAUGCAAGCUUAAGUGGCUUAAUAGACGAUAUAUUGUCGAUCUAUCUUACAAGCAAUUUAUGGAACAGUUGCGGGAGUAUCUAUCUGAGACUGCUGCGGAGUUAACAUUUCCAAUGGACGCAUUGCUGCGUGUGUUAGAGAAUGCUCCAAUAUCACUCAAGAAUGGAGUCGACACUAUGCGUGAAUAUGUGUCCCUAAUAGAGUCAGCAUUGCUAUAUACGCCGCCACGUUUCGUUGGAGCGGACUCCUGCAGUUUCGGCGGUAUUUUUCUAAACCACGAAUCACAACGGUUUUUGGAAACAUUCAUAGAGUGGUCACAGCAGAUUGUUGAAGCAAGCGAUGUCGGUGGGUCCAUCCAUUCACUUUUCAAAGAGAUGAUCAAAAGUGAGGAGUUUACUGCAAUAGACGGCCGAGCGCACCUGUCUGUCGUCCGCUACGCUUUGACAGGUGUUACACGGGGUCCACCACUUAACGCCAUGGCUGAUUUGUGGCGAAUGGCGGAGAUACAGUCAUUAGACGGUUUUGUUACGCUACGUGAUCGUAUUUUGAAAUUGAGUGACCUGGACCUGUCUAGCGACCCAAUAUCUAGGCGCCUAUUUUUUACUGAUCCUAGAGAUCAGGACACAAGCUCAGUACAUGGAGAGUCGUGA